GAGCAUCCGGCACAGACGGUGCAGCAGGUGUUGGCCGGCCCUGACCAUCCCGUGGAGGUUGUGCAGGGCCAGGUCACCGAGGCUCCGCAGGCAUCAGCGCCAACAACCAUGACAAUGCCUAUGACGAUGCCCUCCGAGACCUCCGCACCUCCUCCUGGAGCCAUCUUCGCAGCACCUGUCGCCGCACCCCAGGGAGCUAUCUUCGCCGCGCCGGUCGCAGAGGCAGCGCCGGCUCAGCCACCACAGGGUGCAAUCUUCGCAGCACCGGCCAUGCCGGCCCCCACCACCAUCGGCGAGCCUGUGUAUCUGCCUCCGAUCACGGCCCCUGCGGAGGCCCCUUCCCAGACUGUGAGCAGCGUGGCUGCAACGGGCGCUGUCUUCGCUGCACCAGCACAGGCCGUCCCGACGACGACUACCAUCGGAGAGCCUGUGUACCUGCCACCAAUCACGGCCCCUGCUGAGGCGGCUCCCCAAACCAUUGGGACAAUGCCGCCUCAAGGCGCUGUCUUUGCCGCACCAGCGCAGGGAGCUCCGCAGACCUUCACCGGUAUGCCACCACAGGGCGCUAUCUUCGCAGCACCUGCUCAGGGCAUGCCGCCUCCCGGAGCUGUUUUCGCAGCUCCUGCGCAGGGCAUGCCGCCUCCCGGAGCUGUUUUCGCAGCUCCUGCGCAGUACGGUGCCCCACCGCCGGGAGCCAUCUUCGCUGCCCCGAUGACACAGUACUAUGCGCCUGGAGCUGUGCCCAUGACUGCGCAGCCAGCCACGAUGGCAGGAUCUGGCCCCCAGGGCACCGAUCUGUUCGCCAUGAUGGACACCAACAAUGAUGGAUCAGUGUCCCGGGAGGAGUUUGCUGCAGCCCUGGCGGGCGCCGUGCCUUCCGAGCCUACCCAGGCGCCAUGA